UGUAUCUGCACUUUCCCUACACUUGACAUCCACCACCUCUUUCGCUCGCUUUCUUCGUCUUUCUACAAUGGCCGACCAGCUUUCCGAAGAGCAAAUCUCUGAGUUCAAGGAGGCGUUCUCCCUGUUCGACAAAGAUAACGACGGCACGAUCACCACGAAAGAGCUUGGGACGGUCAUGCGUUCCCUGGGCCAAAACCCCACGGAAGCCGAGCUGGGGGAUAUGAUCAACGAGGUGGAUGCGGAUGGGAACGGGACGAUCGACUUCCCCGAGUUCUUGACGAUGAUGGCGCGGAAGAUGAAGGACACGGAUAGCGAGGAGGAGAUCAAGGAGGCGUUCAAGGUGUUCGAUAAGGAUGGGAAUGGGUACAUUAGCGCUGCUGAGUUGAGGCAUGUGAUGACGAACCUUGGGGAGAAGCUGAGCGACAAUGAGGUGGAUGAGAUGAUUCGGGAGGCGGAUGUGGAUGGAGAUGGCCAGAUUAACUAUGAGGAGUUCGUCAAGAUGAUGCUCUCCAAGUGAUCGACCGCUGUUACCGUCGCCCCGUCUUUAUGUGCACGCCUAUGCCUCUUUCUGAGUUGAACCAAAUUAGCUGAAUGUACUACGUGAAUGUG